AUGAGGAAUAUUGUGUCUGAAGAUGUGAAUGUAAGUGCUCCUGGUGGAGAUGACAACAAGAGGAACCAACCUGCUGCCAUUGAAGGUGACAAUACGAGUAAUCCACCUGUAGCUAUCAUUGCCGGGGCAGCAGGAGGGGGCGUAGCACUGAUCAUAAUCAUAGUUGUUAUUGUGGUCGUUUUAAAACGGAGACGAAAGGCAGACAGUGAACCUCAUCCAGGCUGUUCCAACGACUAUCACACGGUAGAUGAAAUAGAGAAACAUGUCGCUAAACAAGAUAAACCAGCCCCAGGAAAAGCUGAUUCUACUAAUAAAUCAAAGAGAAGCGGUGAUGUUCCAAAGUCGAAAGCUUCUGUUGCACUUGACACCGAUGAAAGUGUACUGGAAAUAGACGAAGAUGAUAGGCGGAUUCUUGCAAAACACCAGGGUAACCCGAACAAGCAUGCACAACAGGAAGAGAAUGUCUACUACAUAGGACUGGAGGAUAUCAAGAAAAGAAAGAUUGCUGUCGACCAAUUGAUGGAUUUUGUUAGAUCCAAACCUUUUGAAUAUUUUGAAGAAGAAUUUGAUAAAUUCCCCUACGGGCUAACCAGAAGCUAUGACGUGGCAAGGCGAACGGAAAACUUGGUUAAAAACAGAUAUCAGGGCAUUUAUGCAUAUGACGAGACAAGAGUAGAAGUAAAGGGAGGCGACUCGGAUUACAUCAAUGCAAGCUUUAUUGACGGUUACAAGAAGAGGAAUGCAUAUAUUGCCUCGCUUGGCCCAAUGACGAAUCAGAUGGGAGACUUCAGUGUAUUCUGGAACAUGAUCUGGCAACAGAAGGUCGAAACUGUCGUCAUGGUUACCAAUCUGGACGAAGAGGGGAAGACAAAGUGUGAGAAAUAUUGGCCAGAAAUAGGUGCAACAAAGCUUUAUGGGCAGGUGUCUGUCCAUAUGAUGACUGAAGAGGUGUUUGCUGAGUUUACCCGACGUACCUUAAAAAUAGCAAAGGGUAAGAGCGACCGGACCCUUCAUCACCUGCAUUUCACUGCCUGGCCUGAUAGAGGGAUUCCAGAGGACGUAACAGCGAUCCUGGAGUUCAGACAUAGGGUGCUGAAGCAACAAAAACAGUUGGAAGGUCCUACUCUCGUUCAUUGCAGUGCUGGUAUAGGUCGAACGGGGACUUACAUUGCCCUGGACAUUCUUGUACACGAAGGCGAGGCAGAAGGAGCCGUUGACAUACAAGGAUGUGUGCUGAACAUGCGGAGGAACAGGGUCAACAUGGUGCAGACAGCGGAGCAAUACGAGUUUCUACACAAGGCUCUAGCGCAUGCUCUGACGAUGGAGAGCGCCCCGAUCUCUGUUCACCAGUUCCAAAUGCACGCUACUAGUAUGGAUCAAAGCGCCAAGCAAAAGGUAUUCAAGCAACUUGUCUCUUUUGCCAACAAUUUAUCAAACGCUGAGAUGAAAGCCCUGAAACGCAACACAACUCUGACAAACAAAAACAGAGAGGGUGCCGAUAUCCCAAGCGACGAAAACCGACCCCGCCUCUAUCUGCCAGGACGUUCUGACACAAGUGACUAUAUCAAUGCCGUCUACAUGGACAGUUUCAAGGUCAAACGCCGGUAUAUCGCGGCCCAGUCCCCGUUAUCCGGCACCGUUCAAGACUUCCUUACACUGAUCUUCCAAGAAAACUGCACGGUGAUAGUGAGCUUCCACGAUCUCAUAACUGACAAGGUUGGAGUCUUCUAUCCGGCGGACAAUCAGGUGUUGGUGGUUAAGGACUUCGAGGUGACAACUGACAGGAAAGUUGACAAGAGAGACAACUGGGUGCUGCGCACGCUUUCACUUAAAUACAAAAAAGACGGCAGGGAGAAAGCCGUGACCCACAUCCAGUACACUGACUGGCCACAGGAUAGCAAUGUACCAACAUCUCCGGAAAGUUUUAUCCAUGUCAUCCAGUUUGUUGGGCAACGUGCAGAUGCUUCGAGUGGACCAAUUGUUCUACAUUGCUUAGACGGCGCGAAACACUGCGGACUGUUCUGUACGGUGUCUAACUUACUUGAGAAGAUGGAAAUGGAACAGGAAGUCAGUGUGGUGAACGAGGUCAGGAGGGUACAAACAAGGAGGAGGAAGGCCAUUGCAAACAUGGAACAGUUCAACUUCUGUUACGAGUGCGUCCUGCAACAGAUUGGUUCCUCAAAUACUUAUUCAAACGUUGGAGUGAAGUGAAUCUCACUAUUGCACUGAUUAAACAAGUUGCGGAUUCUCCAAUAAAGAAUAUAGUUUCGAUGACCUUCUGUGACACGUUUUAUGACAGCAGCUGUAACUGCCUAGAAUGUGUUUUCAAAAAUGUUGAUUUAACACAUUAUGUAUGCAUGUUCAGAACAACAAAAUAGCAAUUCUGACUAAGAAACAUAUAUUUAAAACACAAUUUUUUUCAUAGUACAUGCACUUACUUUUUUUUAAUACGACAAUCUGUAAAUAAGUCUCUGGUAUGUAAAAGCUUAACAAUAUAUUUAUUUUACUGCCACGAAUGGUAAAUAUUUUAGUUUACUAAUUAUAUUUUUACACAUAUAUUAUUUUUUGUAACUUCAUUUUAGUAUUUCCAUUGUGAACAUAUUAUAUAUGUUUUUUCUGUGCAAUUUAAAAUGAGUAUAUUUGUUUCACGACGCUUUUCGAUAAUAAGUAUGGUACCUAGCAUAUAUGAAGACUAUUGUUGAUGUGAGAAAAACAUCUUCAAAUCAGUGUGGAGUCUAUUAAUUAUUUAAAGGUAACAACUAUCGAAAUGCAUUUCACAUUUUCAUAAAGGUAUAGGCAAAGAAACAAAAACAACAAGGACAAACAAAGCAAAGAGUGUGUGUUGUUGAAAGAUUGGAUUUUAUAAGACUAUUGGUGGUAUGUGAAAAAUAGUUAAAUUAGUUACGAUUUCAUUCAUAAUUUAAAAGUAAACGGGAUUGAAUAGCAUAACACAAGUACACGAACGUAUUAAGACACAAUAACAAGAUUAAACAUGAAUAAAACAAUGAGUGUGUUGCAUUUAGGUAGUUGUAAUAAUUUUGCAUAAAAUGCGCUGAGCGCGUAUCAAAUAUAUAUGCGUGGUUCUGUGUUCUCUCGAUUAUUUCGUCGCGAUCAAUUGUAUCAUUCCAAACAAAAUACAAAAGCAUCUAUAUGUGGCUUGUGUGUUCCUUUUUGCGUUCAAACGUAAAAUAUUCAGCCAUUACAAGAAUACCACUGCGUUUAUUACGUGUGCCUUGUUGGAAUCAGUUUUGGUUCAUUAACAGAAUGAAAUAAUUCCAGAAUGUAUUGUUAUGUGUUUUCGCUUUUCUUACAUUUUGUAAAUAAAGUCGUUAAUGUCCAUUCAAAACGUUAGAAUGUCUUGACAAUCUCAGAACACAUGUAUAUUUGUUUCAGAAUACAUUACUCAUAUCACAUACAAUUGACGGAACUUGAUUGAGUUGUUGGAGGUCGAUAUUGUUUGAUAAAAUACCCAUGAAGUUUUUAUAUUUGAAAGUUUUGUCACAGCAGUUCAUUUGAUUGGUUUGCUGAAGGUGGCUUUUUGGUUAAUGUCUGAAUUAGAGAGCGUGUCUUUAUCAAAUUAUUCGAAAUCGUAAUGAUUGUGUAUUAGUUUGCGUGAUUUAUAAACAACUUUGCUAAUUUUUUUUUGUUAAGCAUGUAGUGUGGUUUUGCAUAACCGAGCUCUUUUUUUAUUGAAUUCAUGUUUCCACUCAACAGGUAUGACAAUUUUAAUGUAUUUUAUUUAGUCUGUUUUAUCUAUUGACUUAAAGAUUUCUUUUAUGUUGAAAAGUGUAAAAUUAUAUUUUUAUAUGGUGUAUAUGUAUUCAAUGUAUUUAUUACCUUUUUUCAAACCAUGUUUAAUAACGAAAUGUGCAUUAUCUCUUUUCAAACAUGAAUUAUUUUAAAUUAUUUGUUUAUGCAUUGGAAGUCCGCCUUCUUCCGAAGAGACGCUCAGCCAACAACACAGAAUUGUUUUAAGAACUCGGAUUUUAUGUUAAGAUCUUUUUCUUCCUGUCAUGACAAAUUGAUUCAAAAAAUAACUUUCCGCCAUAAUUACUAACCCAAUUGUUAUCUAUUCUAAUUGAUUUAAAUUUUGGUUGAAAUAAUAAACAAUUUAUCUUUUAGCGAUUUUAGUAUAUGUCAAUAUGUAACAUUUUUGAACCCAUCCUCGUCAUAAUUUUGUACGAUUUUUGUUUUCUUAAUGGCAACCGUAUAUUUUAGUUUUUUUUGUCACAACGAAACGCGAAACAUACCGAUUGUGUUUUUAGUUGCAUUUAAAAUACAUAAUGGAUAAACAAGCUUGAAUUAAAGAAAAUAAUCAAAACUGUAAUUGUUCCAAUUAACGAUAGCUGCCAACGCGUCCUUGUAUUUAAACAAGUUUUCAAAGCAUGAUUAUUUUAUUUAUAUUCGUUAACAUUACUUUUACUGGUGUGUUGAUAAAUCCUUUCCCUGAAGCUGAGGCAUGAUUAGAGCUCCAUAUCAAUUGUUUAAGUUUGCAAAACUCAUUUGUCAAUGUUUAAGGAUGUUAUAUAUUUAUUUCUAUUUAAUGUUUGUCGGGAUAUUAAUUCAAACUAUUACUUGACUUCAUGAUUUGCAUUUAUGUUUCAAGCGAUAUGCACGAUUCGUCUGUUAUAAAACAGGCCAUAUCAGAAAAAAAGAGACUGUUUUGUUCCACAUUAUUUGUUUCAAUGCGACUAAUAAAAAUGGUCGGCGUUAAAAGAUCGCCUUGUCCUCCCCCAUUUUUACACUAAAAAACAAAAAAAUGCCUUUUAUUUGUAACGCAUGAUUUUGCUUUUUUUUAAGAAUAACAGAACCCAUUAAAAAGUAUAUUUAUUCAACCCGACAUGCAUAAGGUAUUUAAACCUAAAUUCAUGAUCGAGACUGUCAAGUCAACUAUUAAAAUCCGGAAAAAAUGAGACCGGUUGCGUAAGUUUCACUAUUUUUGUUUCAAUAAUUUAAUUUCAACGUCUUUGCUAUUCGCCUAUGUUUAUUUACUUUUUAAAUUCGAGUUGAUUUCUACUGAUUACAUAACUUAUAUUAAAAAUAUAUUUUGUUGCUUUUUGUAAUUAGCGUUUAAAAUUGAAACGGUCCUCCAGUAGUCAUGCAGAUGGUGUCUAUUCUGUUUCUUGGGUUAUUAAAUUAAUAUGCUUUGUUUUUGCUUAUCUUUUAAUUUUAUUUGGCAAUUGGUAUCUAAAGAAAAAAUUAAGGUAGCUUACAACAUAUUGCUUAUUAUAUGUCGAAAUACAUUAUACUAUACUUUUUACUACACAACAUUUAUGAAUAUAUCAUGUAAUAAAAAUUUAC